UUUCGUUUGUGGAGGACGGGUUACCAAUGGACACGUAUUUUGCCAUUCGCCGUGAAAGGCAGCGACGAGCGGCACGUAAACAAAUGAACGUCAAGCCACGACGUUCAUGUCCUGAAUGUGGCAAAUGGACGGCUGCGCCGCUUUAUAUGCAUAUGAUCUUCUCCCACGACUGGAAUGAGCAGCAGCUGUUCAGGUUCACUUCUGCGAAUGCGUUGGCGUCUCAUCUUGUAAUAUGCCGCCAAAUCGACCUCAAACCCAGGAAUCAGUCAGGCAAAUCUGCCAAAGAGAAACAAUCCGAGUAUUCCAUGGAUGGAAGCGCCCGACAAUCGAAGCAACUGCCAAUUCGUCCACCGAUAUUGCCUCCCUUACCUGAGCAGUUGAGUGAAUCGCAAAAGGGGUUGGUACUCUGCCCAGUGCCUCGUUGCGGAGGCCGAUUCACCAACCACGACAGCCUUGCCUACCAUUGUAUGAUCGAACACUCAGAAUUAGGAGCUGCGGGAACACCUCAGAACUUCGCCAUACGACAGUAUCGUUUCGAAACCAAAGAUGAGUACA